AUGACCAAGAAAGACCUGUGCCUGGCUCUCUGGAGCCAGAUUGUCCAGGACACCAAGGUGUUUGCUCACCAGGUCCUCGACAAGAUCGCCCUUCACAAGCCCUCUUCUUCAUCCUCUUCUUCAUCAGCCUCGCAGCAGUUCGAGUCUCUUUGGGAGGUCCAGCUUGCGCUCGGGGAGAUUCCUGGGAUGAUUGAGGGCAACAUUCUUGAAUCAUGCGAUGACUCAACUGCGGUAUCACUUAAUACCGCAGCAGCAGCAGUAGCGUCGAGGUCGGGAAGCAGUUUCUUGUUGCCACCAUUGUUGCCGCUCGCCCAACAGUCGCAUACAUCAUUGCUCUCCAUCCCAUCCACCACAGCACAGCCAUGGCGGACAUAUGUCGCCUUCGAAGAGUUCUCUCGCUACCCUUCUACCUUUGACGACAGCGACAGUGAGAGCGACUACGAUAGCGAGGAAGAUGAGGAGGGAAGGGAAGAGGAGGAGGAGGGAGAGAUCGAUGCAGUGGAGUGCUUCAUUUUCCAACCGUUCCCACAACAACCGCAACCACAUCCUCUUCUUCGAAUCUACAGCUCAUCAUACCACUCCUCCAACAACCCUACCACUUCCUCCCUCUACCUCUCCCUCAGCACAACACCUGAAAACAACAACAACACUGUCAACAACUACACCGGAUCCAUUUACUCGAUCGAACCACAUCCCCUGCAACACCGUCAAGUCUAUGAGGAUGAAGAAGAAGUGGAGGAGGCGCUAACAUUUUCGAGACGUCUUUUCAGGGGCAACAACACUACCACUACAUCCAACGCCAUUCCACUCACCUCCAACAUCAGUUCCUGCAGCAACACCAAUACUAGCGCUCUCCUUCCAAGUGACCUCAGGAGCGACCGCAAAGACAGCGGUGUCUUUAUCCACGACGAACAAGACGGCAUCAUCGUCAAACUUUCGCCUCGACUGACCUUCUCCUCCUCUGAAUCCGAAUCCGAGUCUGAGGUCGAACAAGAUAACAAUAACAACACCAGCUACGGUCCCCAAUACCGAUCCUGCAACGUCUUCCAUCCAUCCGAACAUACAGACCUGAGAUCUCGAUGGAUGAACGGCGUCACCUGCAUCCCAAACACCAAUAGCAGUAGCGUCAAUGGAACAUGUUGUGGUGGUGAAGGAGCAAGGGACAGGAGAAACAGUACAACCACUCUACAACGUCGAGAGUACAUUGCCUCGACCUCCUUUUCUUCAUCCCAUACGACUACCUCUACCUCCACUACUUCUACAUCUCCGUCCCUGAUGGCCGCCGUCUCAUUCAUCUCUAUGCAGGCCUAA